CCCGCGUGAAGGAUGGAGCCUGGCUGUCCAGAAAGAGUCUCGCUGACAGUUGACCUUUUGCGAGAGUGUGUGCGGCAAGAUGUUCUAUCUCGCUUGCGCAAGUCUUUUCCAACCACGUUCAAGGUGAGGUUCUCAACAGAUCAGCUCGAGGCAGAUCUUGGCACGGGAGCUCACGAUGUGCCUGACAUUGCCUGUGUCCACAGACUCACCUGGGCAUCCCUCCCGUCAGCCCCGAAUCGUUCAAUGCAUUCAUGUUUGAGGUGCUUGCGCACUCAUCGGUCAUAGGGGGCAGUGACCGGAAUGAAGAGCUGCUGCCGGGAUAUGAAUUGACAGUGGCCGAUGGCAGCCCUUCACUCAGGAAUGCCGUAUGGCAGGUAUGUGGGACAGCAGGAACUCACUCACAUUGAAUGUCACGUCUCUCACGUCUGUCUGUCUGUCUGUUGCCAUGGCGCAUCAGGUGUUUUUCAGAGGUGUGCAAAGCGGGAACAAGUCCGUCGAUGCAUUCCUGGCGGCAGCCAACGGGUUCCUACAGGAUGAGGGGCACAUAAAGGAGCUGAGGACGAUGAUCGAUCGUGCCCGACAAAGCGACGCCGCCAAUCCGUUGGUGUGCGACGGAAUACAAGAACGAUUCAUGGUAGGACGACGGCAGGAGGCAGUAGGUCACACGCGCAGACACACGAACACACACAUGUGAUGUCAGCCCUCUUCUUCUCCUCUUUGUAUGUGCUUCAGGCUUGGGUCAACGAGCGGCUGGCUGUUUGCCUGCCUUCCCUCCUAUCUGUUCUUCAAGAGGAGCUGACUCAGCUGCAAGGCAGCUUCCGAGAGCUGUGUGAGUCGUCUUUGGCCAUGAUGGACCAAUCCAUCCUCCCGGCGACAAAGCGGCGCAGAACCGAUGGCGAGACGAGUCAUGCGGCAGACAUAUCUGAUGCUCUUCCAGGUUGUGUCGUCGUUUCCGAGGUGAAAUGGAUCGACAAGCAAAUGCACACUCAUUGUUGAAUGUUCCUUUUCUCGUCAGGACGGCGGUAAGAAGACGGUGUGCUUCAGCCUGGACCCAGCCCUCACAGCAGCUUCGUCUGUGAUGCGUCGCAUGAACACGGCUCACGAGAUCCGGCGAGGGCAUGCCGUUAAAUUGUGGAGGAGAUAUUUCACUAGUGAUGCAUCACGGUCUGCACAUCGAGCCACAAGAGAUGUCAGCCUCGAUGAGGACGAUACCGAUGCGUCUUUCGCUGACCUGCAGGUGGGCACUUAUGCAUCUUGCAAAGCGACGGGGUCGCACCUGUGUGGGUGUCGUAUUCAGGGUGUCAUCUGUCGGCGAGUCGACGGACCUCAUAAUGCUGAAGCCAUCGAUGCCUGUCGUAUUCGCUUCAACCAUGCCGUGUGGAUCCUCCUCCACAGAUAUCAGGUCAAAGACUUCAUUGACACGGCACGAGGCCCCAUCCUACAUCGGUCCGUAUCGGUCCGUCUACUUUUAUUGCAGACAUUGUUCGGUCCUCGUAGUGGAGAGGGUAGCGGCUGGCAGCUAGCGGCACCAUCAGCCGUGCAUGAUAUGUUGAGAGAGGUCUUUGACGUCCAUCACGAGUGUUUCGCGUCGCCCCUCAACGCUCAUCACUCGACCUUCAACUCGCUUUUUCCCGAUGUUGACAGGCCCUUCGGUAGUCGAGGAAGCUUCUUCGCCGACGAGUCAUUCUCGGGCGGCGGCGCGUAUGAAGUAGGCCCGCCAUACGACGUCGGAGUGAUGGAGCGAAUGGUAGAAAAGCUGCUGUCACAUCUAUCCACAGCCAAAGAGGUGAGGACACAUCCAACCAGCCAGUCGAUCACUCAGCCAACCAGAGGGGGUCGGUUAAUGUGGGUGCGUCUGUAGAGUGGCGUUUCUCUUUCUUUCUACCUGGUGCUCCCUGAUUGGGACGUGUCGAGCAUUAAUCGACUGUUCAACUGUCCGUUCCACCAAUGGAGCUUCACGCUGCCUAAGAGGCAUCACAGGUGACAUGCGCAAGCACACAGGAGAGCAUCACCGUGGCUCGCCUGUGUGCACACCGUGCAGAUACUGCAGCGGACUUCAGCAUCAACGAAAGAACAAGCACCAGUACGUUCUGUGUGAGACGCCGACAUUAAUGAUGGGGCUUGAGACGCGCCCAACGACAGACAGGCCUGUAGAUCCAGACGUGCUCAAGUCGUUGAUCAAAGCAUGGAUGCCUUAG